AUGGACGCAGUCGAGGACGGAGCUGGGCGGAUCCGGGAGCUGCAGGAGCAACGUAUGACGGUCCAGAAGAAAACCUUCACUAAGUGGAUGAACAGCGUUUUCACCAGGAACGGGGAGAAGCUGGAGCUGACGGACGUCUACACGGAGCUGAAGACCGGUGUGGUUCUGGUCCGUCUGCUUGAGCUCAUCUCCAGCAGUCAGCUGCCGACUCCCAGCAAACGUAAGCUGAGGGUUCACUGCCUGGAGAACAACAGCAUCGCCAUCAGAUUCCUCAAGACUAAGAUUCGGGUGGAUCUGAUUGGUCCAGAGAACGUUGUGGACGGAGACCGGACGCUGAUCCUGGGUCUGCUCUGGAUCAUCAUCCUCCGCUUCCAGAUCGGACCCAUCGUAGACGAGGUGAAUGGACCAGGCAGUGUGGCUCACCGCUCAGCGAAGGAGGCGCUGCUGAUUUGGUGUCAGAGGAAAACUGCCGGAUACGACGGCGUCGACGUCAAAGACUUCUCCUCCAGCUGGAGAGACGGACUGGCCUUCAACGCCCUGAUCCACGCACACAGGCCCGACCUGUUCGACUACCGCCGUUUCCAUGCCGACGACCCCCAGCGUAACCUGGAGCACGCCUUCCAGCUGGCGGAGCGUGAGUUCGGCAUCAUGCAGCUGCUGGAGGUGGACGACAUCGUGGUGGCUCACCCGGACGAGAAGUCCAUCAUGACCUACGUGUCUCUGUACUAUCACUACUUCUCCAAGAUGAAGCAGGGACAGACGGUGCAGAAGAGGCUCGCUAAGGUCUGA